CCCGCCCGUGUGCCGGUGCCGGCACGGAGGAUGCCCGUCGAGGCGCUGCAAGCCGGUGACACCAUGAAGGGGGUGACGGUGACGGCGCCUUUCACCUCGGCCAUGCCCGUCCGUAUCCUCCGCAAAGGGCCCGCGUAUUUCCGCCGGCACGCCGAGCCGGGCGCCGGGAAACCCAGCGCUGUGGAGAGGCUGGAGGCCGACAAGGCCAAGUACGUGAAGAGCCAGAAGGUCGCCAGCACCAAGCAGGAGCCGGUGAAGCCAGUGCUGCUCAAGCAGCCCCUCUUCACCCCCGGGGUGCGCCGGGCUGUGCUCACCCCCAGCCGCAGGGCGCCCCCGGGGCCACGCCGCGCCGAUGCUGCCAGCCCGAAGACCUCGCUUGACCUGGAGAUCCUCAACAACCUCAUCAACCUCUGUGACAGCCCCUUCCCUAAGGCGGAGAGCCCGCUGGGCAGGGAGUGCAGGUGGCGGGCGGAAGCGCCAGCGGUGGAGGGGGCUGUCAAGCCACCGGAGAGCCCGGCCACCGCCAAGGCCCCCGGCAGUGUGGCCGUGCGGAGGGUGGACGUCCGGCCCUGUGGAGCUCCGCGGAGCCCGGUGACACCUCUGCCUGCAUCCCCCGUCCCAGGUGGGCUGCCUGUGACCCCGUCGCGGAGCUCGCCCGCCCGCCCCGAGAGCGCCCGGCGGCAGCCGCUGCUGCACCGCUCCAAGUCGGACCUGAGCGAUCGGCUCUCGAGGGCCACCGCCGACCUGGAGCGCUUCUUCAACUACUGCGGCCUCGACCCCGAGGAGAUGCAGGACAUGGGGGCCGAACGCUUCGCCCGCGCCAGCUCCGACAUCGUGUCCCUCAAGUUCCACAGCGUGAGCACGGCCAGCUCGGAGGGCGGCCGCUCGCCACCCAGCGCUGCCACGCCGGAGGGACGGCCGGCGGAGCGGGUGCCCUACGGCAUCUCCAUCAUCGAGCGCAACGCCCGCGUCAUCAAGUGGCUCUACGGGCUGCGCCAGGCCAGGGAGCCCCAGCAGGUGUCCGAUGUGUAGCUGUGCCGUGGUGGGCACCGGGGAUGGGUUGCUCAUAAGGGCAGUGCUGGAUGGGGACAAUGCGCAGGCUGUGCCCUGGGAGGACCAGGGACAUCUUGAGAGCACCCUUGAACACAGCCGUGCUGUGCCACAGCAUCACUGGCCUGAUGUGGUGGCCAGGGAUCCAGUGUCAGGCCCCUGUGCCAGCACUGGAGAGCCAUGGGAAGGCUGAGGACACGUGUCCCCGGGUGUGUGGCUGGUCCUCAACACCCACGGGGCCUCGUGUGCUGCCCUGCCUGCGCUGCUGGCAGCUCCUGCCUGUCCUGCUCCUCACCAGCACCCCGGGGUGGGGUGCAAGGGGCUGGUCCCCCCUGCAUGGAGCAGGGAUGCUCUGGUGAAGGAGCUGCCCCCUUGCAGCCUCCAUGGAAGGGGUCCCACUGCCUGGAGUGGUGGCCACAUCCUGGUGGUCCCAUCUUAUUGCUGAAGAAAAGCCUGGUGCUUUGAGGGGUGAGGGGGAAACCUGACUCCCUGCUUCGAGCUGCCCAGGGCUGUGUGUCUGUGUGAGUGAGUGUCUCCGGGUGCCUGUGUUCCCCUCCUCAGCUGCCAGUGGGCACAAAGCACCACCCCCCAUGCUGGGCCUGGUAUUUAUGAAGACAACAGUUCCUCUUUUCUACUCUUUUCCUUAUGUUUGAUCUGUAAAUAAUAAUUAUUACAAUGC